UUUUUCUGUUCUCAUCAGAAUCUAUCUUCUGGUAGUUUCAUGUGGCUCUGUCCUCAAACCAACCACCAGCCAAUCCAAGCGACCUACUUCAGGGGUACUCUCUUACUAAGACAGCAUGGCCAAGGGUGGAAAAGGCCCCAAGGGCAAGAAGAUCACUUUCAAGGUGGCCAAGAAUUGCAUCAAGGUCACGUUCGAUGGGAAAAAGCGUCUUGACUUGAGCAAGAUGGGAAUCACCACCUUCCCCAAGUGUAUUCUGCGGCUCAAUGAUGUGGACGAGCUAGAUCUCAGCCGAAAUCUGAUUAAGAAGAUCCCUGAAUCUAUUUCCAAGUUCCAGAACCUACGGUGGCUGGACCUGCACAGCAACUACAUCGACAAGCUCCCUGAGUCCAUCGGCCAGAUGACCAGCCUGCUAUACCUCAACCUCAGCAACAACAAGCUGACCACCAACGGGCUGCCUGUGGAGCUCAACCAGCUCAAGAACAUCCGGACAGUGAACUUAGGCCUGAACCACCUAGACAGCGUGCCCACCACGCUGGGCGCCCUGAAGGAGCUGCAUGAGGUGGGGCUCAAUGACAACCUGCUUACCUCUAUUCCCGCCAGCAUCUCCAAGCUCCCCAAGCUGAAAAAGCUCAACACCAAGCGGAACCCCUUUCCAAAGGAAGAGGAAUCAGACCUCUUUAUUGAUUCCAUCAAGCGGCUGGAGAACUUAUAUCUGGUAGAGGAGAAGGACCUAUGUGGGCCUUGCCUGAGGAAAUGCCAACUGGCCCGAGAAAAGCUGAACAAAAUCAAGACCAUGACCUCGUUUGCACAGAGAAAGGCUGUCUUUUCCAAUCUGGUUGCACCCAACUCCAUGGCCAAGGAUUCCCAGGAAGACUGGAGGUUGCGCUUGUCAUCUUCCUAGAGUAGUUAUGGCAAAAACCUGAAGACUAAUCAACUAACAGGAAUAGACGACCCCGAAGAGGAAAAGCCCUCAGUUAGGAGAAGACAGAAAGUGGCAAGGGAACAUUCGAGAAGCCAGGCUCUCCAAUGCUGGCCAAGCCGCUGACUUGUUUUACAAGUUCUUUGCCUCUCUUUAUUUUAGGUCACCUAUGUGUGAAUAUGACUUUGACAAAUAUCUGAUGUGGUCUUUUAAAUGUAUAUGGAAGAAACAUUUAAGAAAAUUAUAUAUCUAGCCAAUUAAAGAUUUA